GUUUAGCUGGACAAUAAUAAAUUAGGUUGCACAUUUUAAUUUAGUUUUAUUGCAAUAAAAAAUUCUGAUAGUGUUUUUUCUACCAGGCAGUUCCAGCCAAAACUAUUAUAAAAUGAAUAUCAGUUACAAUCCUUUGUGGAUGAUCAUUUCAAUUUAUGUCCAAGAAUUCAACAUGGUAGUGUGAAGCAAGACUUUGUAGUUGAGUUUCUGUAGGCAGACAAAUAGCAUCUCACACACUAGGUACAACAAACACAAGUGUAAAUAUAUAAGUGUCUGAUAAUCUUUCAAAAAGUUUGCACACAUUGGGGGAAACCAAAAGUGAAGUACCGCUUGUUCCUCUUUUAGUUUGGGACCAUGUUUCAACAGAGGAAGUGCUGACCAUGUAAAUGAAACCAGUGAAAAUGUGGCAGACAUUUAGGGAUCUCUGUGAGUUAUCUCACAGAAACAGAGUCAAAUCUCUAUACAAAUACAAGGUAAAACUAAAGGGCCAGGUUUAACCACAUAAGUUGGUACACUUCAGAUUAAUGCAAAGAACAAUCUGUAGGCAGAGCUAAGUAGUUUUAAUAGAAACCUAUCCAAAAUCUAAGCCCCAAAAAACAUUAUUGUCCUUUUGUAUCAUAAAAAAGUGUACAGUGAUACCAAACUACAGAGUUGACGCUUCUGGUUUUGUGGAAAUGUGAUUCGAAACUGUUUUUCUCUAUCAUGUUGACUGGUCACAGACCAAGCUUUUUAUAUAAACCUAUAGCCGAGUAUUGGUGUUUAAUAUGUUCAAUAGCUUUCUUUUUUUUAAAGUAUUACACAAGGACUUCCAGCUGCUGGAACAGGAAAAGCUGUGUUUACUGACACGGUCCAGACCUGUCAGAGUUUGGCUGUCCUUCCAUACACAACAUGAUCCUUAGUGGAGGGAGUGCACCGUCAAAUAUUUACUCUGUCUCCAUCUACUGGGAAAGAAAUGUUAUUCUGCCUUGUUUCUAGGCUAGACUGAGUUCAGAGGCACAGAGAAGACAACCAAAAUAGACAACCUGGGUUCAGAGGUAGUUAUCUCAACGCGUCGAAAUUUGCCUCUUUAUAGCAAUGGUUGCCAAAUAAGGGAGAUGAAGGCGUUAAAAAUGUAUCUGCGUUUGAGGUUUCUUUGUAAUGCUCUCAUCCAUCUCCACCUCAAAUACUGACAACAGCAUCCAGGAGCAGAGCCCUGUUGUCCCGUGGAAUCAUCACGGCACCGAGGAGAGACACACAUGGGAUAUGGCUGCUUUGAGGACUUUAACCGUGGCAGGUCUCUUUUUGGCUUUCUGUGCUUUAGGGCUGAUAGCUGUGGCCAUCAGCACUGACAACUGGUACGAGACUGACGCGAGGAGGCACCGAGAACGCUGCAAGAAUUAUUCCAACAAAAGGAACGACCCGGGCUACAUUUACAUCUCCAACAUCAACCUUCCGCUUCGCAUGUUGCCAAAGGAGAAGAACGUGGAGACGAAGCACUUCAGUGUCGGCGGAGAAGCCCUGGUGCGGGCCAAACGGCACUUUCUGCCUCCUGCGCCCGCCAUGGAGUCUCUCUGCAGUCGGCAGUUCAACUCCACCAUCACCGGACUGUGGAGAAAGUGCCACCGAGAUGGAUUUGAUUUAGAGACAGAGGAUCUGAUCUUCAAAGGAUUGGUCCCGCGUUGCACGCAAAUAAAAUACUACUACUCCUCAUCAGCGCUGCCUAGAAAUCUGCCAGUCAAUCUGACCAAGACAAUCAGGCAGGAUGAGUGGCACGCACUGCACCUCCAGAGGAUGACUGCGAGCUUCAUAGGCAUGGCCAUAGCCAUCAUCCUGUUCGGCUGGAUCAUAGGAGUUCUGGGCUGCUGCAAGGAGCAUGAUCUGAUGCAGUAUGUUGCUGGACUUCUCUUCCUCAUGGGAGGGACCUGCUGCAUCAUCUCUCUCUGCACAUGUGUGGCUGGUAUCAACUUUGAGCUGUCUCGCUAUCCUCGAUACAUGUUUGGAAUACCAGAGGACAUCAGUCACGGCUAUGGCUGGUCCAUGUUUUGUGCAUGGGGUGGACUGGGCCUGACGUUGCUGGCUGGUUUCCUCUGCACACUGGCUCCUUCCCUCUACCCUCCACAGAGUAUUGUGGUGCACAAGCCGAGGCAGGAGAAUGGCUGUGUCUGACAGACCUUUCUCAUCCUGAAGCUGUCCUGUGUCCUGUUCCAGAGACUGCUUUUACACAGGGACUGGGAGCAGGGAGAGCCUGCCUACACAGAGAAGCACAGGACACUGGGUCUCACUCAUGUGGAAAAAAAAGAAGAAAGAGGCGACGUUUGACUGAAGUUCAUUUCAGUUCCUCUGGUGCUUUUUCUGUCCCUCUUCAUGAAUGAACUAUUCAGUGUUAUUGCUUGCUCUCGAGGAGACAAAUAGUUAAACACGUUUUCUUUAUGUAAAAUAUGCCAGUGUCAAAGAAAAAAGAUCCAUAGCACAAUGGCCGAAGAUCCCAUAGCACAAUGUUAAAAUCUGUACUGAUGAUGGAUGUGUAUUGUCAUAUUACAAAGGGCCACCGUGUAUCAUUACGUACCCGUUCAAAACAAAAGAAAUGUACAUGUACGUUUUAAAUGUAUGUAUGCAGAUGCAUUUGUGUGAAUCAAGGAAAAAUAUAAGCAUCAAGACUGAACCAUGUUUGAAGGAAAUGUUUUGUUGUUCUUGAGGUCUCAAUUCCAUCAAAAUAUUUUUUAAAAAUAAAACAGUGGUGCAAA